AUGAAGAACAGCAUUGGCCAUAUGGCUGGUCGAAUCGUGGGUCGAAUAUUCAGGUCUGAAGAAGACAAAGACAAAGCCGAAGCUGAAGAUAGAAAGUUUUUACAGCAGGAAGAAGACCAGAAGGAACCUCCAAAUUUCCAAGAUCAAUUGGCGUUACCCAGUCGCCGGAAGAAAACUCGCAAAAACCAUCGAGGAUCUGGACGAGGCUCGGUUUCCAAUGAAUCACUAUCGAUUCUCGAGAAUGGAACAAAAGUCUCGGUAUCUGAUGAAAUCCAACAAUCACCCGAUUCGUUCGAGCCAAACACCACACCACGAACAGGACGAUGGAAAAAGCAGUUACGAAACAUCAGUCAAACACAACCUCCAAUACCUUUUGAGGAAUCUAUACAGUCUGCUGUUGCACCGGAGCCUUCCCUCGUGUCAAAUGGUGCAGAUGUUGAUGUUGACAUUCGUGAAUCUGUUAGCAUUGGGAAGGAGAAUAGUCAGGCAGAUGCAAAGAAUCAGUCAAGUUUGCCGAGAAACUUUCGCGAGUCAUAUUUGGUAGAAAGGGGGUCUAGCAUACCAAGACCUCUUAAUGCAACGAUUCCGACUCUUUCCAUCGAUUCGGCUCGUUCUAAUGCCCCGGCUCCUGUCGGUGUCUCAGCCAAUUCCAAGGUUUCACUUGGGCUCAAUGUCCCAGCUCCUCUCAAUCUCUCACCUUUUUCCACCGUUUCACCUCCUUACUAUGCUUCACCUGGUGUAAUUGAAUCAUGGUCCAAGAAUGCUGCUUCAAACAAGCGGCAAGGGUCCGAUCAGUCAAGUACGGAAGCCCCGUCGUUUGCUAGUAUGGGCAGACUUGAAAAAGACGACAUUGAUACCCCGAAUCAGCAACCUAUUAUAUAUUCGAAAUCGAAAGAGAGACCAACCACAAGGUCUUCAUUGUUCAAAACUGACCCUGACAAUGAUAGGCCCAAGAAAACGCUGAAUGUCGAUUCGCCUGCCUUCACACCAGCAGCUAUACCCGCACCCAAUAAAGGAGGGUCUAUCACUUCUCAAGCUGCGAGUGCGGCUCCAUUCACACCUCGAGGUCUUACGAGCGGGACUGCUACACCAACUGCUCAGCUCGACCCAGAAAUAGCUCAAUUUAAUCCAUCACAAACCAGAGACUUUACUCCACACAACCAGAACUAUGAUCUCUCUCAGAAUAUCCCCACUAAUGGUGCCACACCGGAAAAUCCUUAUGAUCAUUUCUCGAUGGCAAACGUCUCUCAAGCAAUUCCCACCUCAUUUCAGAACCACUAUUCAGAGGAUGUUGGCAAUUUGGCAACAAGCGGAGCAGCAUUCUACCAAGGACAGCCAAGCUAUAACGUCCAGCCGUUGAACUAUCACUUCUAUGCCCCCAUCGGUCCACAUAAGGAAGAUUUGGCAAACUACCAAAGGUCUAUCCACGAUCUUUUUCUAUCCGACAGGCUCCGCGAGGAACUCCAAAGAAAAUCUGAAGCUUCUCUUCAAGUAAUGCCAAACGCUACCCUUCCGACUCUUGGUGUGCCGGUAUCAUACCAUUCUUUAGUCGCUCUGGAUACGACACAAAAUAGGAGUACUACCGUUUUUGGAUGUCCAAGUUGGGUAUACAAGGCAACCGCAACAAGAAAUGGGAAACAUUACUGCUUACGAAGACUGGAGGGAUAUCACCUCACCAAUGAAAAGGCAAUUCAAGCUGUUAAAAAAUGGCAAACAGAUGUCAACAGCGCGGGCGUGGUAUCAUUCAUUGAUGCUUUUACCACACGAGAAUUUAAAGAUGGUAGCUCCUUAAUCAUUGUCACAAAUUAUCACCCACUUUCGAAGACUCUUUUAGAAGUCCAUUUUCCUACCACAAACAUAAACCGAUAUGGAAAUCGACCUAAUUCCCGAAUAUCUGAAGAAACUCUAUGGGCAUAUAUUGCACAAAUUACCAUAGCCAUUAAGGCUGUGCAUGAUGCUAAAUAUGCUGUACGAUGCAUGCAUCUGAGCAAAGUUAUUCUUACCGACAAAAAUCGAAUUCGUCUAAAUGCAUGUUCUGUGUUCGAUAUCAUUCAUUAUGAACAACAACGCCCAAUAAAAGAACUUCAAGAUGAAGACCUACACUUGUUCGGCACGCUCAUGUUGUCUCUAGCCACAGUUAACGCAUCAAUCACACCCCAAUCAAACCCUCAGGUCAUGCAAACUAAUGUCGAUGGCCUCAGUAUCAGCCGCAUCUACUCCGUGGAGCUCAUUGACACAAUCAGAUGGCUUCUCACGCCACCUUCUCCCACCGAAACUAAAGACUUACAAACCUUUAUGCGAGGCAUCUCCGACCGCAUGGCCAGUGCCCUCGAUUCAUCCUUACAAGCCAAUGACGGACUGACCUCUGAUAUCUGUCGCGAGCUCGAAAAUGCUCGUCUCGUCCGAUUGAUGGCCAAAUUGGGCAAUAUCAACGAGCGGCCUGAAUAUGAUAAUGAUACAAACUGGAGUGAACAUGGAGAACGAUAUAUACUGAAGUUAUUCAGAGAUUAUGUAUUUCAUCCCGUUGAUGCGGAAGGGAGACCAGUUACCGAUAUGGCGUGGAUGCUGAAGUGUUUGAAUAAAUUGGAUGCCGGAACGGAAGAAAAGAUUCAGUUGACUAGUAGGGAUGGAGAGAAUAGUUUUAUUGUUUCGUACAAAGAGCUCAAGAAACAAGUUAUGGCAGCUUGGGGAGAUUUACAAAAACCAGGAAAGAGAGGGUUUUAG